CUUUGCAAGCCAAGCAUUCGUUGACACACUGAUAAUAAAAUGCAUGGAGCCUGAUAAGGAGUAUAAAUGGGCAAAAGAUUAUGUCAAAGACCAUUUAUUCACACAAAAAGUGCCGUUGACUCCAGCUGCUAAUCUUGUUAAUAAUAUUUAUUUGAACAAUCAGAAUGCGAUAAACAAGAUGUAUUCUACUCCUAAUAAAUCAAAGGAAAAAUACUAUACUCCUCAAAUGAAGAGACCUCUUAACCUGGGUAAAAUAAAGAUUGAUAAAAUUCCUAAAAGGAGGAAGAGCAAGUAAAUAUUCUGAGUACAAUUUCAAUAAAAAACCUUCAGGAAUUAAUCUUUCACAAGAUCCUAGCUCGAUAAAACCUCUGAGGAUGGCUGAAAGAAAAGAUAGCCAGAAGAUUAAAAUUGUUGACCAAAAUUUCCCCACCAAAGGUUAUACAAACAAUAGGACUAUCAAACCACCAAUUUACCCAAAACUGAAGAAGAAAUUUAUCAAAACUGAUCAAGAGACUUUACCAUCUGUGCAUAAGAAACAUCAUAAAUAAAAGGAAAUAUUACUCGCUCAAGGACCAUAAUGGGGAGAAAAUUAUGAAAAUUCAGAAGAAAGCACUUGAGAAGUUAAAGCAUGAAUGGAAUUAUAAGAGAUCUACAAAUCUACUAAUGAUGUACAACAUGAACACGAUAGACUACAUCACAAAGCAACUUGCCAAUGAUAGAAAGGUGAUGAAGAGAGGCCUGAAAGUCAUGAAUAUGAAAUACAUCAAUCCUGAAGACCACCAUCCAAAGAAGAGAGCUAUGGAAAUCAAAGAAAGAUAUCAAGAUUACCAUUUCUUGGAUAAUCAUCAAAGAUCAAGAACUCUUGAUGAACAGGAUAGCUUGAUGGUCCAUCCCUAUUCAGGACAGUCUCUGUAUGGAGGUUCUUCAGAUUUCUAA